AGCCUUUUGCCGCUCGUCGACCCUUUGAAAAAUUGAAGAUCCACAAACAAAUAAACAAACACUUUGCACACUCCAUUACUCUACUCUGCACACCCAUUUGAUUCGACCAUUUCUUCCACCCGUAACAACUUCCUCCGAUCAUUCGAUUUUUCUAGAUAUCCAGAGAGAGAGAGAGAGAGAGAGAGAGAGAGAUGGAGUCCGACGUCCCACUCAUCGAAAUCGCAGGAGAAGACGACUCGCUGCUUCAAUUGACCCACGGUGACACCGUUUCAAGCAGCAGCACCAGCAAAAUCUCCAAAGACGACGCCUUUUUCUUCUGCUCGCCUCUCCAAACCCGCAGAUCCAAGCCACUCGAAGGUGUGGUGGUGAGUGAGAAUUCCAAAAAGCCGAGUUCUACGCUUUGUAGAGAGAAUGCGAAUGCAAAUAAAGAGAAUACGGUUGCAAAUAAAUUAGAAGAGCAAAAACUCAGCCUCCUGCCGCAGCAAAUGAAGAGGAAGAAGAAAGGGGGUGGAUACAAUUUGCGCAAAAGCCUUGCUUGGGAUCGAGCCUUCUUUACCGAUGAAGGUGUACUAAAUUCCGAGGAACUAUCCAUGAUUAGCGGGAAUGCAAAUUCUAAUGGGUUGUUGUCAGUUAUUGAGGAAGACACAAAUAGCAUUACUGAUUCAGCAGAUCUACAUGUUAUUGAAGAAAAUUUAUUCAAGGUUUUGCCGGAAAGUCCUUCAAAUAAGAAGGAUAGGACUGUUGGUGGCAGUCCAUUACCAAAGCAUGACUCGUCAGCUAAAGAUAAAGUAGCACCAGGUUCCGCGGUUAGAAGUGGCUCAAAACGCAGUGGUUGCCCUCGACCUGUGGCCUCUUCUUCUGUUAAAAGGCCUGCGAAUGUGAAUACCAUGAAAUCACCAAUUAAAGAACCAAAAGUUUCUAAAAUACCGGUUCCAAGACCAGAUACCUGUCUGCUUUCUAGGACUUCCAAGAAUGUUACAGUUGGUGCAAAUGAUUUAAAGCGGAAUCAGAUUGCUCAUCCUGCAGUGAAAUUGAACAACACCAAAAGUGGGCCAAAUAAUGUGAAAGUCACUCCUAAUGGAAAUUUUUUAACUUCCAAAAGUUCUGUUCGACAGGCCAGAAGGAAUGUGGCCAGCUUGGUGAAGGGUUCUCCAACCAAAAUAUCCUGUCCACCGACUUUUGAAGCAAAUAAGGGCUUAGAGGGGAUAUCAAAACAAGCAGUUCCUUCAAAUGGUCAUGCAGCAUAUGGCCUUGGUGACAGAUCCAGAAAAACUGCAGUUCCACAUAUGAUUCCAAAGCAAGCCCUUCCUUCUAACGCUCAUGCAUCAUGUGGCCGUAAUGAUAGAUCCAGAAAACCUGCAGUUCCUGAGGUGAACUCAAAACAAGCACUUCCUUCGACCAAGCAUGCAUCAUAUUGCUGUGAUGACAGAUCCAGAAAAACUGUAGUUCCUCUCCCUCUUUCUGGUGUGGUACAUCCUCGACCCCCAACAUCAAAGCCAUCAGGUUUGCGGAUGCCAUCACCAUCGCUGGGUUUCUUUCAUCAGCCAAAACCUUCUUCUUUGCCUAGUCCUUUGAAGACAAGCUCUCAAUCAUGCGUUAUUCCUAAUUUGAGGCAAGCGGGCCCUGUAGAUCCAAUUCAUGAAUUUCAGCUGCCCUCUUCAGUUGGGGAAAAGCAAAAUGUGACCAUGGAUGGCACAAUAACGGGAUAUAAUGAUGUCACAAUAACAGGAAAGAAUGAUGUCCAUUGCUCAAGUUUGGAUUGCUCCGUUUUAUCUAUUGUGAACCCUGCCACAAAGAGGAUAGUGGAAUCAUUCUCGUUAGUAACAGAUAUGCAGAAGGCAGAUCUGAAGGUUAGGUCUAGCUCAAGUAAUUGUGAUAUGACAGAUAAUAAGCAGAAGUUCGAUAAAAUUCCUGUUCAUGAAGACCAAAUAUCUAUGGGACAAGCAGAACCAUAUAUUACCGAAAAGGUUGUUCACAUGGAAGAGGUAGAAUUUCAGAGGAAUGAGGAUAAACUUCUUUCACAGAGGGGAACCUGUGAACAGUUGGAUGAAGAUGAUAAUAGCAUGAAUGUUGCUUUUGUACUUCCUCCAAAAAUUAAAGAUACUGAUAAAUCGCAGAUUACAUCCCACCUUAGUUCCACGGUGAAAUUUCCUGGUGUUUUUGGCAGAGUCAUAACCGACCAUCAACUUCUUGAAGACAAACCCAUUGUUUCUCCCCAGAAGAAUUGCUGUGUUUUUUCAAAGUCCAAGUCUGAAGAUGCUAGUUCUGUCAAUAGUACUUCAGUAUCAUACGUUGAUCAGUCUAGCGGUGAUCGUGACAAUAAAUUGCAUGGGGAACAAGGUGAUCUGUCUAAACCUUUGACCUGUGAAGGAGAUCAAAUGGUAUGGGAAAAUAGUGGUAGUUUCACCAAGGAAUGUCAAACUUCUGAAGAGAUGCAGACCUACAGUUGUGUGAAGGUUGCAGAUGUCAGUCCAAAAGUCCAAAAUUCUAGUGCAACCGACUCUGAUGCUUUGUGUGACUCUGGAUUUGGUGACCGCUCAAAUAAUGGUGGUACAUUUGACAAAAUGAGUGAGAACCCACAGGAGGAAGAUGCACAAAUGCUGACUCUAAGUGGAAGAUUAACAGAUGAAAUGGAUGACGCUGACUGGAGGACUUCUGCUUCAGAUAAUUGUCAAUUGGUGAAAACUGAUUGUGGAAACAAAAAGCCUGAACAGCUAGACCUUUCAAAUUCCUGCUAUACCGGAGAACAGGUUUUCCAGGAAAAUAUAUUGCGCUUAGAUGAUUAUGUAUUGGAUGGAUUCAGUACUAUCCCUGAAGAAUCCCGGCAGAAAAUUGCUCUUCAAUGUGUUGAUUUAAAAGAAACACACGGAACUGGUGCCUGCAGAAAUGAAUCAGAAGUUUCUAAAACCCUUUCUCUAAUGCCACUUGCUAUGCCAGAUUGCAGGUCCAAUGGGGCAGCAAUAGUGGAGUCCCAGGACAAUUUUGCUUCAGUGUUGGAAGACAAAGCAAUGGUUGAGAGUUACAACCUUGACUCUAGGAAUGACUCUCAGCUUAAUUGUCAAGAUUGUUGUUUGGAGUUGGAGAGUGUGGAUGAAGUUCAAGCCAUAGGUGAAGUGACUGCUAUGAAUGCCAGUUUCUUGAAAAGUGGAGAUUUCACGUCCCAGCUAAACCUGAAAGUGCUAUUUCAAGAUACUUCAGUAGAGCCGAAUAAUUUGAUGGGUGAUAAAAUCAAUUUCAGUGGAGAGGAAAUUAGUGUGAUGAGUGCACGUUGCUUAAAUGCAGAAGAUAGAAUACUGAAUCAGAGUCCAGAGGUUCAUGUGAGUUCACUUGAAGGUAGAGAAUCUUUUGAAGAGCCCCUUACAGAUAACACUGGAAAUUGUGCAGAUAUCAGCUCAAAAGUGAACGAUUUAGGUGGAAGUGGGUCUCAAAGUCCCCAUGGUUUAUCUAAGCAUAAAAUCUUGGAUGAAGAAAAUAAACAAGUUGAUGAAGGUAGUGACAUAAUUAAGGAACUAGCUCUUGGAGAUCUGCGAGAACAUACCUCAGUCUCAAACUAUGCAUGCUCAGCAGUUGUUAAUAAUGUAUAUGAAGAACUAGCUGGAUGUCCUGAGCUUCAUCAUCCAAAUAUUGAUGUUAUACGAGUGUCCCAGGAUAUUAACCCUGGGUCUUGUUUGAAUGGUACUUUGCUUGCAAACAACAGUUCCUGUAAGGAUUUUGUGGAAACUGUACACGAGGUUGUUUUUAAUGACUAUAAUGCUUGUGGAAGUGAAACAAAGAGUUCCAAAGUAGGACCAGCAAUGCAUGACUGCACACCUGAUUUGGAAGAAAAGGCUGACUACUUACAGAUGGAAGUUGCAGAGGGUUUCAGUCAUGACUAUAAGCUAAGCAACCAAGCUGCUUCUCUGGAGGCUGAUUCGUGUGCAACAGCCACCACUGGAGAAACUUCAGUGUCAACUUUGGCAUUAAAUGCCUGGGGAGGAGAAUUAUGCUCAUCUGUCAUUUCUGAUCGAACAUCAUCAAGUGGAAGUAUUCUGCAGGAUAAUGAAGUUAAUGCACUGAAAGGCAAUUCAGCAGAGGAAUCCGAAAUUGAUUUCAAUAAUCAUACUUUUAACAGUGAACUGCAGCAUGAAUUAGAAGAUUCCUUGCACCCCGCAGAAGAUAAGGAGGCUACAAACGAGCUUAAGAAAUCUGGGAGUGAUAGGAAGCCAGAGGGCCUUGUAAUAAAGCCUCCAUCAGAUGCUGUUCCAUUCUCUGACGAAUGGUUAGCUGCACUUGAAGCAGCCGGAGAGGAAAUUUUGACAAAGAAAAGUGGCGCUGUACAAAAUUCACCCCCCAACAAAUCUCAACCUCAACUGGGUCCAUGGUCUCCGGUGAAGCGAAAAGCUAAUCAAGUAAUCGGACCAUUCGAUUGUACAAAACAUACCAACAACGUCCCCUCUACUUCUCAAUAACCUUCGAGCGUAAGAGGAUUCCAUCCGCCUAAUCAUUCCAUGCCACACUAACUAUUUCGCACCAUUCUUUUUCUUUGAUCCUCUCCUUUUGUUGUAGUGACUAGCUAACUAUCUAUACAGACAUUUUCCACAUUUUCUUGUUCUGAAAACAUUCAAAAUCUAGAAAUUGUUUCAUUUCUUACCUUA